CAGACAUACAAUCCUAGAUAUAAUUAUUUAUUUAUAACCUUUCCAUGUAUUGAUGUUCUUUUUUUUGUCUGUUUUAAACAUUAAUCCAAAGUAUCCAUGAAUGUGUGUUUAACUACUGGAAUUAUUAGAUUUGUAGUAACUCAUUUAACUAAGAUGAUAUUUAGAUCAUGUUUGGUGUCUAUGAGCUACAUUUGUGAUUUCCUUAAUGUUGAUGCUUGCUGUGUUUUGGUAACUCUUUUCAUAUUAGUUUUAUCAAACUCCUAGAAGUUUUCUUAGUGAACAUCCAAUCAGCUUUCACAUGCAAAACACCAUCUGAAAGACAAAGACAAUUAACUUUCCCUCCAAAGUUGCCAUCUCCUGAUUGGGUCGGUCACGUCUGUAGGAUGUGACAUCCUUACAGUUUAAAAGAGACCACAAGAAGAGUCUUUUCACUUCGGAUUCUUUAGGUUUUUCGGCCCGUGGGGAUUUGUCCCAUCUCUUCUCUCUCUUCUUGCGUUUUGCAUCCCUUUUGGUGGGAUCAGUUUAAUCCAGAUUUUUUGGAUCAAAGUGAUCCAAAUCCUACAAAAAAUUUCUGAAAACCCAAACUAAAGGUUUGAUCCGGAUCAAAACCAAGAUUGGAUUACGUGAUCUAAUCCGAUUAUGUAAUCCGUUUUUUCUUUUGAAAAACACAUUUUCAAGAUUUGACCCAAUCCGUUAUCCAAAAUCCUAUGGAUUACUUUUGGAAAAACCGGGCCCAGAAUACGUUUGGUAUACUGUUGGGAUUUGUGGAUGGAGGGUAUUUCUUGAAUAUCAGCUGUGUGCCUGCCGAUGGCGAAAAACGCAGCUCCGCUUUUCAGGACAGGGUUUGCUGUGAAUGCACAGGCUGUCCACAUGCUCAACAGUGUCUUUGAGCGUUUCAAAGAAAAGUGGAAAAUGCUUUCUGCAAUGGAUUCACAGCAUCCUUCUCUUUUCAAGCAUGACCUGAACAACUUGUGGAGGAUGAACUUUCUCAAGGAAGAUCAGAUGUUCAUACUUGAGUUGUUCAUGACAUGUGUGAGAGAAGUGGACUGUGAUUAUGUGAUGAAGUCAGUAUUGACAUUGACUUUGAAUUUGGAAAAUUGGAAAAUAGCUCCUGAAAAGCUACCAUCUUGAAGAUUUCAGGUCCAACCCAAGUAAAACAUAUCUGAAGAAUCUAAACAAGGUGUUCAGGGUUGUUUGAUAAUUGCCGAUAGGUGUGUUAAAGCGGGUUUGAGCUGAAGUUUGGUUCAUUGUUCACAGCUGCAAAUAAUUAAAAAAUUUAAUUGAAUCAUUUGAAAUUUAACUAAGAAAACCCACCUUAGAGAUAUUACUAUUUCUACCAAGUGUACAAUAUUAAGAUUUUUAACUGAUCUUUAUCUUUGCAACAAAAGUCCCUCAACAACUGCGCCCAGCCUUUACUACCCUCCGAAGAAAAGAAGAGAAAGCCACUAGGCAGUUUUUUUAAAGCAGCAAAGGGCAAUGGGGCAGCAGCAUCAUCUGAUGAUUCUUAAGAGAAUGAUGAUGACAUGGAGCUAGCCUCAUUUCUGCCUAAACAAAACAUUGACAGCGAAGAUGACCCCUUAAUUUGAUGGAAGGAACACAGGGGACAAUAUCCAAAACAGUCCGUGCAGGCAAGGACAUACCUCUACAUCAUUGCUACAAGUUCCCCUUCAGAAAGGGUUUUCAAUAUGGAGGGGACAUUGUGACAUGCCUAUGUUCCUCCCGAAAACCUCAAAAUGUUGAUAGGCUAGGACACCACUAAUACAGUGUUAUAUAUCAAAGAGUAUCAAAGAGAGUUUGGGAGUGUCUUCGAUGCCAAUGACUUAAAAAUGGAUCUGUUAUAAAACUUACAGUAAAGAUAGUUACAGUUAAAGGAGAGGUUUUUCGAAUGGUUUCACUAGAUCAGAGGUGCCCAAACUAGGGCCCGCGGGCCAAAAUUGGCCCGCUGCAACCUUUAUUUUGGCCCGCGAUGCCAUAUAUGGUAAGAUAGGGAAAACGGUAACCAUGCAGAUUUUAAUUUCUGAUUUGACAUAAUAUUUUAACAUUUUACAUGACAUGUUUUUGAGUGACAAUGAUGUACGUUAAAAUUAAAGGAUUAUUAAUUUAUUAUUAAGCAAAUUUGACUCUUCUUUACUGUGCAUGCGCAGAAACGGCGCGAUUUGCCACAAGGAACGUUAACAUUUAUAAUGGAGAGAGGGCGGCGAUGGCACACAGACAAGAGACAUUUCAAAAAAUUGGCAAAACGAUUUUCUUUUUACUGAGGUUCAUUCAAAGGCAGUGUGUCUAGUUUGCAAACAGUCAGUCGCUGUGUUGAAAGAGUACAAUAUUCGUCGUCAUUAUGAAACAAAACUUUCUUCGGCUUUCUCAAAGUACAGCGGAGAGGCACGAAAGCAAGAGGCUAACAAGCUGCUUGCUAAACUUCGAUCGGAGCAGAGUACACUGCUACGUCCUUCGUCAGCUCAAGAAAAUGCCACACGGGCCAGCUAUCAAAUUUCUGCAUUAAUUGCUAAAAGUGGAAGGGCCUUCGCAACUGGAGAGUUUGUCAAAGAAUGCCUUGCAGUUGCUGCAGAAGCAGUAUGCCCCUCUCAAAUAAGAUCAUUUUCGCAAAUCAGCUUGUCAAGGAAUACCGUUACCCGACGCAUAGUGGAUAUGGCAGAGGACAUUGGUGAGCAAAUCAAGGUAAAGGCAGCAGCCUUCUCUGCCUUUUCAAUAGCUUGCGACGAGAGCACAGAUAUAUCUGAUUCCGCACAGCUGUUGGUAUUUUUACGUGGAGUAAAUGAAGAUUUUGAAGUGACACAAGAGCUUGCUGGCACCGAGACUGUUUCAGGGACUACUAAAGGUGAGGACCUUUUCUUAGCUGUUGAGCACUUGUUAAAAAAGAACGAAUUAAAAUGGAAGAAUAUGGCUGGAAUUACAACUGACGGAGCCCCAGCAAUGGUAGGGAAGAAAUGUGGCCUUGCUACGUUGGUGUCUCAGAAAGUCCAUGAGUGUGGGGGGAAAGUCGUGAAGUACCACUGUAUUGUACAUCAAGAACAGCUAUGUGCCAAAUCCAUUGGGCUUGUUGAUGUGAUGCGUGAAGUCGUCAAAAUUGUGAAUAACAUACGCUCCAAGGCGCUGACUCACAGGCAGUUCAAGGCACUGUUGGACGAGAUGGAUGCGCAAUAUGGUGAUGUGCUGUACCACCAGGAGGUUAGAUGGCUGAGCCGAGGAAAGGUUCUCAAGAGGUUUUUUGAUUUGCGUGAUGAAAUCAGAGCUUUUAAGGAAAGCAAAAACAGUAACUUCCAAGUGCCAAUGGACCAGAAAUGGCUUUCUGACCUUGCUUUCCUUGUGGACAUCACAGAGCUGCUUAAUGUUUUGAAUGUUCAGCUCCAGAUUAUUACCCAGCUUUUCGAUCAUGUCAAAGCCUUCAAACAAAAACUACUGCUGCUCAAAAGACAUCUCUCAGCAGGUAUAUUGGCUCAUUUUCCCUGUCUUAAAGAGGCAGGAAUGAUGAAAGAAAAGUUACCAGAGUACGAUGCUGUUCUCAGCAACCUUAUCCAGGAGUUUGACCGUCGCUUUGAGGACUUCAGAAACAGUGCUGCUGACUUUGAAUUGUUUUCUCAACCCUUCACCAUCAGUGUGGACACAGUCAGUGAUGAUCUUCAGAUGGAACUAAUUGACCUUCAGUGUGAUUCAGAACUCAAACACAAGUUCAGGUCCCAACCGUUGAUAGACUUCUACAAAUGUGUCCCAGCAAACUGGUACCCAAAGAUGUGCAAACAGGCACAAGUGAUGCUGUCUCUAUUUGGCAGCACCUACAUCUGUGAGCAGACAUUUAGUCUGAUGAAUUUGAACAAGUGUAAACUGAGAAGCUCACUAACUGACUCUCACCUACAUAAUGUACUGACUUUGUCAGUAAGUCAGCUCCAGCCCAAUUUGGAAAAACUCUUGAAAAAUAAGGACCAGCUUCAUGUAUCUCAUUAGAGGAGACUGGCUGCACUGCUUUUAAUUGUUAUUUGUAUAUGUGACUGUUUCUGUGUUUUUAUUGCACACAACUUUGUACAAGGCACUGUUUCUAUGUUCUGAAUGUACUUUAUAUAGUGUACAUUGUAAGUUAUUGAAUAUUGAAUUGUAAUUUCACUGAAUUGUAAGUUCCUAGUUUCAUUGAACUAUAAACCUUGGAAUAAAAACUGCAUUCAUUAUACAAAUCACAGAGUAAUGUAUUUACUUUAUCAAAUGCUAAA